GUGUGUGUAUACGAGUCGACCGGUUAGUGUGUAGAGUGUUGUUGUGACUGAGCCACGUGUUGUGGUGCUCCCUCAGUGUCCCCUGGUGGUCCACACUCACCCUCACCACCAACCCUUCACGCAAACUUCUCGGCUCGUAGAGAAGAGAUUUGGUCCCCGGGACAAUGCCACAGAGAAAGAAAGAGGAUUCAGAGUUUGGUCCUGGGACAAUCGAGUCUGAUGAUGAGAUUGAGAACUUUUCAGGCUCUGGAUCAGAGGAUGAAGAUGAGAUAUUGUAUAGGAUGAAGAGAAUGCCUCAUGAAUCAGAUUUUUAUAAGGACUUUGGGUUUGUGGACUCGGUUAAGGAUUACCAAAGAGAUACAUGGGAUGAAGUUCUCAAGUAUAUAAAACCCAAAAGGACAGUGAAUGUCAGUGAUACAAUUGCCAAGAUACGCUUAGAGGAAAAGGAGAAAAAAAGGAAAAAGAGAGAGAAACAGAGUGUAGGUGAAAAUGGUGAUGGCGACGUAAAAGAACCCAACGACAGUGACUCCUCAGACAGUGACACAGACUUGGAAGGUCUCUCUGAUGAAGAAUUCUUGCCAGAUGUUGAAACUAAAGAUAAGCUAAAGCAGAGAGAAGAUGAGGUGAGACGAAAAGAGAAAAGAAAGGAUCGACCAUUAAAAAUAAAAAAAUCACUAAAAGAAAUAGAAGAAGAAGAAGCAGAUGCAAAAUUUUUUGAAGAUGCCCCUCCAUGUGUUGCUGACACUACAUUCUUAGAAAUGAAUUUUUCAAGGUCAUUACUAAAGGCAAUUGACAGUCUAGGGUAUGAUAAACCUACACCCAUUCAGGCAGCAACCAUUCCUGUGGCACUCCUGGGUCGUGACAUCUGUGGAUGUGCUGCAACUGGCACAGGCAAAACAGCAGCAUAUAUGUUGCCUAUUCUGGAAAGAUUACUUUACAAGCCAAAGGAUGAUAUUGUAACUAGAGUGUUAGUCCUCGUGCCCACACGAGAGUUGGGUGUUCAGGUAUUCCAGGUCUCCAAGGAGUUGUCCAAAUUCUCCAAUAUUGAUAUUGCCCUCUCUGUGGGUGGUCUGGACCUUAGAACCCAAGAAGCAAUGUUAAAGAAGGUUCCAGAUAUUGUCAUAGCUACACCAGGACGGUUAAUAGACCACCUGCAAAACACUCCUUCCUUCAGUAUUGAUGAUGUUGAGAUCUUGGUAUUGGACGAAGCAGAUAGAAUGUUGGAUGAUAGCUUCGAUGAUCAGAUGAAAGAAAUUAUCAAGGAGUGUUCAGGUAAUCGUCAGACCAUGCUCUUCUCAGCCACGAUGACCUCCAAAGUCAAGGAGUUAGCCCUUGUGUCCCUCAAGGAUCCAGUCAAGGUCUUUGUGAAUGAGAACACUGAUGUUGCUCGAAAUUUACGUCAAGAAUUUGUUCGCAUCCGUAAAAAUUAUGAAAAUUACCGAGAAGCCAUGCUGGCAUAUCUUGUAUCUCGGUCCUUCAGUCAGAAUUGUAUGGUCUUUGUUGAAACAAAGGUUAUGGCACAUCGUCUCAAUAUUCUGCUCGGGUUAUUGGGAGUGAGAUCUGGCGAGCUGCACGGCAACCUCAAACAGUCGGAGCGUCUUCUGGCACUCAAGAAAUUCAGAGAUGAGGAGGUUGCAGUACUAAUUGCUACAGAUGUUGCUGCCCGAGGUCUUGACAUUAAAGGGGUCAAAACUAUCAUAAAUUUUACAUUGCCUAAUAAAUACACUCGUUAUGUUCAUCGUGUUGGCCGAACUGCCCGAGCUGGUCACUGUGGUCGCUCUGUUAGCUUGGCUGGCGAACAUGAAUUUCUGAUGUUGAAAGAAAUCAAGAGAUGCUCCAAAACUGCAAUGUUUGAGAGAAUGUUGAACAUUGACAUACUUGAGAAGUACAAGACCAAGCUGGACAAAUUAGAGCCAACUGUGAAACGUGUUCUUGAAGAAGAGCUGGAAGAGAAGAAGUUGCGAGCAAUGGAGCAAUCUAUUCAGACAAUGGAGAAUAAAAUCAAAGGGACAGUUGAAGUUAAGCCAGAGAGAAAGUGGUUUCAAACAGAUGAAGAAAUGAAUGCUAAAAAGAAAAAGCUAAGCGACUCUAGUAAACUGAAGAGGGCAACAGGAAAGGCUCAGAAGAGAAAAAGACAGAUGCUAAAUGAGAGUGACCCUGCAGAAAAGAAAAUUAUGACUCAGAUGAGGCUAUCUUGUCAUGUAGCCAAGAAAGCUAAUAAACUUGGACGUCUUAAUGCUGUUCAAGAAGACACACACAUACAAUUUAAAAAGAAUAAACCAGAGAAGAAUAAAAAAAUUGGACCUAAAUCUUCAUUUGACCAAGAGCUUACUAGAACAGAUAGAAAAUCUGUUAAAAUGUUCCGACAUGGACCGUCAUACCAUGAACGAAAGGAAGCAUUCCAAUCCAAAAAUCCUGGAAAAAAGUUCAAACCGAAACGAAAGAAGUGAGGAAAAAGUUGCAUUGAUGUAGCUGGAACCAAUAAAAAACUUUGUUAAAGCAAAAAAGUUGACUAUUUGAUUUGAGUAAUAUAGGCCCAUAGUUUUUUUUCAAUAAUUCAUAUAGAUAUUUUGCAAAAUCCUGAUUUUAUCUGAAGGAACAACAACAAAAAAAGAUGUGAUAUAGUUUUAUACUGUUUAACUACACUAUUGUAGUUCCAAAUGAAAUAAUUUGUUAAAAAUUUUCUGAAGCAAUGCCAGGGUCAUAGGUUCACGCCCACCUAUAAUCCCAAUGGAUUUUCUCAAUAAUAAUUUAUUGAGUAGUAAUAAUAAUAAUAAUAAAUCUUAACUCAGUUCUGUUGUUAGACAUGGUAGACUAUUGGCAACCAUUGUUUUUAUAUAUUUUAUUGGCACUUGAGAUGUUGAUGUUUUACAAGCUAGAGUGGAUGAGCCAUGUUAUAUCCUUCCUCAGCACUCCCGCCCCCAGCUGUGAAACACAUCUGGUGUGCAGGAGCUGUAAUUGAAAAUAUCUGUUUUAUGGAUGUAAUUUACAUAUAUUGUAAGACAUUAUUAAUAAAUUUAUUUAAAUCA